GGCGCCGCGGCUUCAAUGGCGCCAUCGCCCAGGACCGGCAGCCGGCAAGAUGCGACCGCCCUGCCCAGCAUGUCCUCAACUUUUUGGGCGUUCAUGAUCCUGGCCAGCCUGCUCAUCGCCUACUGCAGUCAGCUGGCCGCCGGCACCUGUGAGAUCGUGACCCUGGACCGGGACAGCAGCCAGCCUCGGAGGACGAUCGCCCGGCAGACGGCUCGCUGUGCCUGCAGAAAGGGGCAGAUCGCGGGCACCACGAGAGCCCGGCCCGCCUGCGUGGACGCUCGAAUCAUCAAGACAAAGCAGUGGUGUGACAUGCUGCCGUGUCUGGAGGGCGAAGGCUGUGACCUGCUCAUCAACCGGUCAGGCUGGACGUGCACGCAGCCCGGCGGGCGGGUGAAGACCACCACGGUCUCCUGACAGACGCAGCCCCAGAGGGGCCCCGGGAGUGGCCUUGGCUCCCUGGAGAGUCCACACCUCAGCCACGGUCCCCUGUCCGCUGUGGACUCGACCCGUUCUCCGCCAUCUGCCCACCCUCCGUCUCUCUGUAGCCCGUCAAGGACAGCCUGCUUCCUCGGGGUCCCGAGCUGAGCGUGCGCACCGCGGCGAGGAGUCUGGCCUGGGACACCCAGCGGGGGCCGCGCCGGCUGUCCGUGGGAGC